AACAAUCUCGCAAUAAUUAGACACUUUGUGUGAUAUUGCGUCAAAUUAUGAGUCAUACUUUGUUAUUUUCUUUUCUAGCUGUAAAUUCUAUUUAGCAGACAGUUCAACACUUGCCAUUGGUGUACUCUUUUUUUCGUUGGUUCUUCUAAGCUGCAUUUUCAUAUUCAUGCAGGCUUAUUAAUAUGGAAUUCAUUGUAAAAAAAUAGUUUAAAUGACUUGGAUUCAAAAUAUCAUCAAGAGAGAGUAUCAAUUUUUUUUUGUUUAUUUUUUGUAUUUUCAACGAUAGAAAAUGAAAAAAAAAAACAACGCAGCAUCGCCCUGCGUAACAUUGGAUUUGUUUUCUUUUUUCGAAUCCAAUAUGAAAUUACGACGUAAGGCGGAAGAAAAAAAAGAAAAACAAAAUGAGAAGAGUCAACAUCAAUAUAAUCCUAUACCACUGUGUUCAUCCAAUCCAGAAAGAGACCUUGUUAUGUUAGGGCCUCAUGGAAUUGAAGAGGUUACUACCAGGAAAAAAGAAACCAAUGCAUCAACGUUUAGCUUGGAUGUAGAAGACAAACUUUAUGCACCUUUAUGUGGAUCUAACAAAUUCAUGGUCAAACGUAAACGUAGUGUAAAUAAUUCACAAAAAAACCGUCAAGUUGUUCGUAAAACUGUAAAGCGCAACAGUAUAUCCACUACUCCAACAUCAGGAAUAUGUUCAUCGAAUUCGCCUUGUUCAAGUGAGAAAGUUAAUUUAGAAAAUAUACGCGAAAGUAUUUCACAAGCGGCUAAAGAACAUUUUGGUGUCACAACCUUAAGUGAUUUUCAAAUCGCCUCUAUUGAAGCGAUUUUCAAAGGAAAAGAUGUUUUUAUUAUCAUGCCGACAGGAGCAGGAAAAUCCUUGUGUUAUCAAUUACCACCACUCAUGCAUUACGCGAAAAAUCGUUUUGUUCUCGUUGUUUCUCCUUUGAUUGCCUUGAUGGAAGACCAAGUUCUUUCGUUAACUCAAAAAAAUAUCCCUGCUAUAAGUUUUAGCCGAGCACCUAAAUCAACAUGGAAUCGAAUUUGCGAUGGACAUUAUCGUUUAGUGUAUUGUAGCCCGGAAUUUAUUGAACUUCAUUUGGAUCAAUUAAGUGCAAUGUUUUCCAAGAAGAUAUUGUUCAUCGCGAUAGAUGAAUGUCAUUGUGUCUCGGAAUGGGGUCAUCAUUUUAGACCAAGCUAUAGAGGACUGGCUCGAUUACGAAAGCAUUUUCGAAAUACCUCUUUUAUGUGUUUAACUGCAACCGCCACAUGUGACGUUCGAACAGAUAUCUUGCGUACAUUUAAACUACGACCUUCUUCUACAUUACAUUUACGAGGUACUAUUAAUCGACAAAACAUAUUUUAUUCUGUAUAUCAGCGUCGCGGCACCAUUCUUGACGAUUUUAAAACCUUGUUUCAAUUAGAAAAGUCAACAACUUGCAAGCGCCCACCUAUUGACAAUUCUUGCGUGGGGCCUUAUUCAUCUACUUUAGUUUAUGUCACGACGAAACAAGAUGCAGAGACAGUCUCCGAAACUCUUAAGACUGAAGGAUUAUCAUGCGCUGCAUACCAUGCGGGUUUAAGCCCUUCAAAACGCUCGACUAUUCAUCAUAAAUUUAUGGCAGAUGAUCUUCAAGUUGUCUGUGCAACGGUGGCGUUUGGUAUGGGGAUUGAUAAGCCAGACGUUCGACGAAUUAUACAUUGGUGUUUACCUUCCUCAUUAGAGUCAUAUGCUCAGCAGUCUGGUCGUGCAGGUUGUUUCAAAACGUAUAGAUUGUUUUUGAAAAUUACACUUGCUUCAUUAGGUCGUGAUCGUGUCAUGUCUGAGGCUAUUAUUAUAUGGUCAGACAAAAAUGUGGCCAAGACUCGUCAUAUCCUGCUUCAACAACCGGAGACAGGACAUUUAUCAGAGCGUUAUAAACAACACUUACUUAAACUUUUUGACACUGUCUUAGAGUAUGUCAAUCUUGAAACAAAAUGCAGACGAGAAUUUUUACUAAAUUAUUUUGGAGAUACAGUUCCUGAUGUUCUAGAAAAAUCUGUCGUAACAUUAGGAGUCUGUGCGAAAGUUGCCUUAGAUCAGAAUACGGUAGUAACGCGUUGUGAUCUUUGCGAUACUUGUUGUAAAGAUCCGUCAGAAAAGAAUCUUCAAAUUGUUAGCCUCGAUUUUACGGAAGAAGCUCAAAUUAUUAUGAACUGUAUUUUAGCAUGUAAAGAGAGAACGGGUGUAGCACUUCCCUGUAAAGUUGCAACUGGUAGUAGAAGCAAGGAUAUACUAAGUCGACAUCUUGAAAAGACUUCUGUUUUCGGUAAAGGUUCAUGUAAAUCGUUUGAGUGGUGGAAAAAAUUUCUUAAUUAUCUUCUUUCUAAAAAGUUUAUCGAAGAAAAGCUUGUUCAAGGAGCGAGAGGAGCUAAGGGUCAAAAUCAUUAUCUUGCUAUUAAAUUAACAGCUCAAGGACGGAACUUUUUGAAAGGUCAACAAAAGUUCAUUGCUACCAAUCCUCCACUGGCUUUAUUAACUUAUACAAAACGAAAAAUCACCAGUAUAAACGAUGAAAAUUUCAAUAAAGUACCGCCUGAUUCGAAGGAUAUAGAACAAAAACAAGCUGAAUUACGUCAGCAAUUAAUGAAUUUACGAUUGAUUCAAUCAAGAGAAAAGUCGUGUGCUCCUUAUAUGAUUCUUCCAAUGCCUUCUAUUGAAUUUAUUGUGCGAUUACGCCCGUCAACAUUGGAACAUUUAUUUCGUUACGUUCCACAAAUUCCAUCCCUGUGCUCAGUGCUUUUUCUAGAAAAAGUUAUACAAACUGUAUGCCAGUGGGCGACGCAGUAUAAUUUACCGCAAAAUCUUGUGAUACACGAUUCCUCUAUGCUUCCAAAUUUUUAUCAAGAAAACGCAAAAGAAGAACCUGUAUGCUAUUCAGAUGAUACUUUAUCAAAUGACUCUGCAGACACUUUUACGCCUUGUCUUAACACAGAAGAAACCAAUACUGUCUCUCAAAUUUUGGAGAACACGAGUGAUUCACAAGACGACAAACAACUUUCUUUAUCAUAUGAACUUUCCCAAAGCGACAUCGCCGAUUUUGAUCAAUUGCUUCCUGUUAAUUUUUAA